GUAGAGUAGUUUAGCCUACUACAGAACCUAGCCAACGCUAACAGGUUUGAUCGCAGAAAAUGCCACCAAAAGGAAAGGGUGGUAAAGGUGGCAAAGGGGCAGCUGCUUCGGGUGGUGGUGAUUCAGAAAAGAAGGAAAAAGCACAAAAAGGUGGAACAGCAGUUAAGGUUCGACAUAUUCUGUGUGAAAAACAUGGAAAGUGCAUGGAAGCUAUGGAGAAACUGAAGUCUGGAGUUCGCUUCAGUGAAGUAGCAACACAGUACAGUGAGGACAAAGCCAGACAAGGGGGUGACCUUGGCUGGAUGACGCGCGGGUCAAUGGUGGGACCAUUUCAGGAUGCAGCGUUUGCUCUCCCUGUUAGCACUAUGGACAAACCUGUUUACACGGAUCCUCCAGUCAAGACAAAGUUUGGCUAUCACAUCAUUAUGGUUGAAGGCAAAAAGUGACAUCAACUUGGCACUGUCAAUAUUUUUUUUUUGUUUUACAGUCCUGUUCAGCCUCUACACUAAAUACUGGAGAUGGUGACAGAGCAAACAUACCCACAUUAACAUGUGUUGUGAAUGUACUAGAGCCCAAACAAUAAUUAGCUUUUGUUCAGUGGAAGCCAUGAAAUUUCAUUAAA